UACUGGAGGGAGGGAGUAGUUUUAUAGUCACUUGCAUUCGAUUAUAAAUUUGAUAAAUUUAUAUGGAUUGUGCUACUCGCUGAGAUAAGACAGCCUCCAUGACAGCGUCCACUUUCCCCAGUAUCUAGUCGGCCCAACAUCCCUGGGUUAUCACCUGCAUCACGCUCACUUAAUCUAUCCACAAAUCAACGGCUGCGAUGGCCCCAUCAUAAAUUAGUGGGUCCCAGAACAGGUUCCAUAAUAAUAACACGUACGAUGCAAAUGCAGGUUACAUUUUUGCCCUCCAGAUAUUACUCCUACUUUAUUAGACUCCACUACGCCACACUCUCUGCUUCCCGAAAAAUGGAUCCCACCUUCGCCGUCGGUUACCGCCACCGCCGUUCACCGUCGUCGGAUCGAUUCAUCAGCGUCUUCUAUCCUCCUUCUUCCGCAUCCACGGCCGACGUCUCCUCCUUCUCCUCUGCCGGCGGUGACGAGCUCAGCGAAGUCGACGUCUUCUACACCAGCGACUUCUCCGACGACUCCCGGGGCAGCCGGUCUGGCACCUCUGAACACCUCUUCCGCCGCUCCGUCCACCAACCGGAGAAGUUUGGGAUCCUGGCCGCGCUACCGGAGGAUCGCCGGAAAACCGACGUCGUCGUCCAGAAACCCGCGCUCAGCUCCCCACCGACGACGUCGUUUUCGCGCGAUAUUCCUGCGAUUCCGAAGCCUCAUUUCCCGUCGGAGGCGAAGUUCUCUCAGUCGAUGCCGGUGCGGCGGUUCCAGCAGUCGGCGCCGAUGAACGUUCCGAUGAUGCCGAGGAAGGCGAGGAACAAGGAGGCGGCGUUCGUGGACGGCGGCGACGAGGCGGAGGAGGAGGAGGAGGAGGUGCUGCCGCCGCAUGAGAUGGUGGCGCGUGUGUCGUUGAGGAAUCAGAAGACCACGUUUUCGGUGCUGGAGGGCGUGGGGCGGACGCUCAAGGGGAGAGAUCUACGGCAGGUCCGCAAUGCUGUGUGGCGCCAAACAGGUUUUCUCGACUAAACAUUUUGCCAAAUUCUACUUCGUUUUUUCUUCUUCACUUCAGUAGAAUUUUAAAUCUACUAUUUAUGUGUUUUGAUCCGAUGGAAUUCGAUCCGAUUGCAGUAAAUAAUUGAGGUCUUGUAUUUUCUUCCAAAAUAUUUCCCAAAGUAACAAAAUUGGGGAGAUGUUUGAUAACAUUUGACAAAAA